AUAAUUAGAUUACUCCGCACAAUCGACAUUAAUCGACGCGCAUUUAAAAUCACUCAAAAUUACUUUAAACAUUAACAAUUUGCCCUAAUUGCAACCAAGCUAAUUCUUUCCACCCAAUCGUACAUAGUUUUCCAUAUCUCAAACCUAUUACAAUCAAUCAACAAAAGCAUUGUUUUUCCACAUUAAGAAAAAUCUCGAAAGAAAAUUGAGAAUUUUCUAAGCAACGGUAAUGUUUGAUUUCCUCCAUCAUGUUGGUCGCAUUGCUUGUCGUUGUCCAUAUAACCCCCAAAACAGAAAACAAACAAAUUUUUGUUGGUUAGCACAUAUCGUUCAUAAUAUUUCGCUCGAAAAUGGAUAAAGAGUACGGAUUGAUCGUUAAGAAUAAGCUGUCUGCCCCAACUACGAGGAGACCUGCAAUCUUUGAGGAAGACUCAGAUUCUGAUGGGGGUUCAGCAAAGCCCACUGGAUUAAAGAAACCAUUAAAAAGACAGGAUCGAGUUGUUCAAGAGAAAGCUUUGGAGGAAGAUCCAACAGUGUUUCAAUAUGAUGAGCUGUACGAUGAUAUGGAUAAGAAGCGCAACGAGACGAAGCUGGCCAAUAAGGAUGUGGAUAAGAAACCAAAGUACAUCAAGAAGUUGCUGAUUGCUGCAGAGAGGAGGAAGCUGGAGAACGAGCGGCGCAUCGAGAGGCAGGUGCAGAAGGAACGCGAGGAGGAGGGAGACGAGUUCAGGGACAAAGAGGCUUUCGUCACGGCUUCGUACAAGAAAAAACUAGAGGAGAUGAAGGAGCUGGAGGAGAAGGAGGCGCGCGAAGCGUAUCUGGAGUCUAUCGGGGAUUGCACGAAACAGAUAGAUGGUCUGGAUGGGUUUUACAGGCACCUGUACAGCCAGGUGAACGAUGGAAAGAAGGAGGAAGAGGAUGGUCAAAAGGAUGUCGAGGAUGCAGAAAAAAUCGAAGUGAAGAGCGAGGAUGCUGAGAAGGCGAAGAAGAAAACUCGCAAGUACAGGAAACGUGAGGAUUCCAAGUCGGAUGAGGAAGAGGUGGUUGCGAGCAAGGCGCAUCUGCAGUCGAACGUGGACGCUGAUUCGGAUUUCAGUAUCGAUUCAGAGUCCGAGGGGGAGGAGAAAGAUGUCAAAGUCAAGGAGGUCGCAGUCAAAGAGGAAAAGGAGGAUGCCGACGAGACGGAGGAGAAAAAGGAAAAACCGAUGAAAGAGGAGCAGGAAGAGGAGGAGGAACCGAAGCCGAAGAAGCCUAAAAUAGAUAUAUGGAAGAAGAGGACUGUCGGGGAAGUCUUUGACGAGGCGCUGAAAAGGUUCUACGAGAGGAAAACGCUUCGGGAGUCCGGAUAAAACGUAUAGGCUGUGUAACAUGUCAUUUAUUUAUUCAAGUCAAUUGUUUCGAGCGAAGCAACAAGAUUGUACAUAUUCUCUCUGUUUUUUUUGUUUUUUUUUAAUAUAAAAUAACCGUUGU